AUGUUUAGUUGCGAUUUCAUCAAAAGUACAGUAAAUAUGAAUUCGGAGAAUUUGUUCAACGGUGGACCAGUGGCUCUUAACUUAUCGACGUACAAGCAGCUAGGCUAUUAUCAACUGUUAGACCCGAAGGGACCGCAUAUAUACGGAUACCAUCUUUACAGAACUAUUCUGAAAAUAUUCCUCUUGAUUGUUCAAUUUAUUACGAUUUUUGGGGUGAUGGGUUUCUUUAUUGAGAUGGGAGAUACCGAUACCAACCCUGGUAAAUCGAAUUCCUUCGAAUUAAUUAUCAUCCUAACAAAUUGUUCACUAUCGUCGUUGAAAAUGUAUACACUCAUUUCGAAUUCUAAAAUAAUUUGGGAUCUCUUCGACCUCACACGUACAGACUUUUUGAGAUGUUCUCGACAUAGUAAAUUGAUCACCGAAAACUUUGUGAAACGUUGUAAAAAAUCAACUACGAUCACGAUAUGGAUAGCUCGUUCUUUUCUAGUAGGACUAAUAUUAUGGGUGAUGGGACCUUUCAUAUCUAAUGAAGAAUACACUGAACCCAACACUGUUCAUCGACAUAAAAAUAUUAUAAAUAUAAAGUUUCCAGUGACCGUGAAUACCUAUAACAGUUACUACUUUGUGUUUUAUUUGAUGGAAGUGGCUGUAGGUUUUUGUAUCGUUUAUGGCUCAGUUUUAAUAGACGCUUAUCUUAUGUCAUUUUGUUGGAUUAUUUCGGCACAAUAUCAAUCGGUCACCAAAGCAUUCGCGACAUUUGGAUACAAUAAACAGGGAUCCCCGAAAGACAUUUAUAAAGAUUUCAAAUCAAUUAUAAUCGACCAUCAAAAUGUUUAUUUAAAAAUGAAAUCAUUUUAUGCUGUCGUGCGACCCAUUACUCUCAUUCAUGUGUUUGCUUAUUCGUGCUCAUUAAUUAUGUAUGCAUAUGUCAUCGUAACGAUAUUUAAUUCAAAAGAAUCGUUCAUUAUUGCUGAAAUAAUGAAAAUAGUAAUGACGGUAUCAAAUGUCACAAUAGAAGUGUUUAUCUUUUGUUAUUUAUUUGAACUUAUUGACAACAAAAAAGAAGAUGUGAACUUUGGAUUAUACAGCUGUAAUUGGACUGGGAUGGACAUAAAGUUUAAACAACUCUUGUUAAUGUCAAUGAAAAUGAACAAUGCUAAUCGAUUAAAGUUAAAAGCAUCGCCAGAUGUAACCAUCAAUCGGCCAUUUUUUGCAAACGUAAUCCAUACUUGUUUCAAAAUAGUUUCAGUUUUAAUCCAAACUCAAUCCAUCGACUUAUUAAACUAA